AUGAUCAGAAAAUACAGAAUUUGCACGGGUUUGAAUGCAUCUCUUUUCAAAUACAACCCAUCUUUAAUUUUGGCUCGAUCUUUAACGGUUUACACCUCCCAUAAAUUCUAUUCGCUCAAUCCUCGAGUGGUGGAGCCUUCCGUGGAUGAUACCUCCGUUUAUGAAAAGAUGAAAUACAACCCACAAGAAGAGGCCAAACAGGCUCGAUCGGACAUGACUGGGGACAGUGAACAGGAAAAGAUUCCUCCACAAGUAGGAAUUGAUGAUGAAAAUUUGAAACAAGCCAUGAAAUAUGAACACGAACAUCCUUCUCAUAAAUCACACAAGCAUCGAAGAGAUGAAAAGUCAACACAUCAACAGCAAUCAAAAGAUAUAAGCAUUUCAGAAGAAUAG